AGUUGAGCUUCAGCCUUCAGUCGUGUUCUUCGCUUUGUACUGUUCACUUCGUAGCUUAGCUUGUAGUUGGCGUCGCUCUACGGACGUACUAGUGAACUUUCUUCUUCUUUCUUUUCCACUUUGCAAUAGACUGUGUGAAGUAAAGUAGUUGAUGUUUAUGGUUUUUUGUGAAGUGAAUGCUAAGAUUUCGAAGUGAGCAUAGCGCAGUUGGAGCAAUUAUUCAAGUGAUAACUGAUCGCACGUUAUGUACAACAAAGACAGCUGAUAUUUGUUGCUAACUGACGAGCCAAGUUGACUUCAAUUCAAUGAGCAAUUCGGCCGGUGUUUGCACAAUCAGUUACAGUUGUGUUGGAUACAGGGAUUCUUGUUCAAUAGCCGCGACCUAUCACAAUAGUUGUGAAGAUUUGGAUAGUUUGAGUGCUAGUGUAGCUUGUCCUCCAGACGACUGUCAGUUUGUCUGCAAUUGUCUUCAAACGUUUUCAAAGUCUGCCGUUUGUGAUAAGUGUUUCCUGAUACCGGCUUCAAGAUUCCGAUCGCCAACGGGAAAGUCGAAAUCUCUGGAAGCGCUGCAGAAGCGGUGACUCCAGAAGAUAUGGGACAGAUUGGACAUGAGCCGCAUUCGUUGUUCAUCGAUGCUUUUCUUCAGAACAGUAGGCUAGAUCAUGUAACUCAAGUCAUGGGACAUCACAUUACAUAUCUCGACAUAUUUCUUCGCACCCAGAAUUUCAUCCUGCGAGGGGAUGGACCAUUGCCCUACGACUAUAGGCACUUCAUUGCCAUCAUGGCAGCGGGAAGGCACCAGUGUAGCUAUCUAAUAAAUUUACAAAGGCAGGAGUUUAUUCUUCAAGGAGGGGACCAAGCCUGGUUGAAAGGCCUUGCUAAAAUACCAAAAAAGCUGAGAGACUUGUAUGAAAUCAAUAAAAUUCUUGCUCAUCGACCAUGGCUUCUCAACGAGAAACAUAUCGAGAAACUGACAAAAGGCACAGACAGCUGGUCGCUGGCAGAGGUGGUGCACGCAAUAGUACUGCUGACGCACUUCCAUUCGCUGUCCAGCUUUGUGUUCGGCUGCGGCGUCAACGAUGAGCUGGACCAGCAGCAGAGGGGCGGCAAGGGGGAGACAGUGGAGGGGGGAACGUGGCUGCAGCAGGAGGCGGCGGGUGGAGGGGGGGCUGAUAGCAACGUGGGCGUGGACACGUUGAUGCAACGCAUGAAGUCGCUCUCGGAACGCAGCGAACAGUUCUCGGCCGAGGAGAGUGCCAAACGCUUCGAGCACGUGGAGUCGCAGAGUGUCGAGCUGUUGACACGGUCCAGUGUCCGCCUCAAGCCCAGCAUCGGCCACUUCAUCGACGACCCCGAUUUCGUCUACGAGGACUUUGCGCGGCGUGGACAGAACUCCGAUAUUCCAACCUUCAGAGUCCAUGACUAUUCGUGGGAUGAUCAUGGUUACUCAUUAGUCAACAGGUUGUACAACGAUGUCGGAAAUCUGUUGGAUGAAAAAUUUAAGACUGCCUAUAAUUUAACGUACUACACAAUGGGGGGCCGUAUGGGCGUGGACACGUCGCGAUUCCGUCGGGCCAUCUGGAACUAUAUUCAGUGCAUGUUUGGAAUCAGACAUGACGACUACGAUUAUGGUGAGGUGAAUCAAUUACUAGAACGAUCUCUGAAGGCUUUCAUCAAAUCGGCGUGCUGCUUUCCAGAAAGGGUUGCUAAAAGUGACUACGACAGAGUCCUUAGGGAAUUUAAACACAGUGAGAAGGUACACGUGAACCUGAUGAUUCUGGAGGCUCGACAACAAGCCGAACUGUUGUACGCGCUGCGGGCCGUCAUGCGUUAUAUGACGUAGCCAACUCCACCUUGCCAAAGUGAUAUCAAAUUCAACGUUUAUUAUAAUUAAGAGACUCUAUAUGAAAUUAAUAAUCAUAUAUCUCAAUAUAGUAAUUAUAUUAUCAUUAUUGACUCAUAUAUUUAUUUAAUGGAAAUUAUUAUUAUAAUAGUAGACUGGAAUCAACAACAAAUUAUAAACUGUGAAACAAUGCUAGGUGUAUCUAAAAUAUUACAACGGUAGGAGUAUUUUACAAUUGUUCUAUUCUUCAAUAACAAACUGCGAUGUGAGUGAAAAUGUGAUGAAAUGCGUUGACUGUUAUUUUCUAUUUAGUCAUUGAUUUUAUUCUAUUGUAUUAAUGUUUCUGAUUUGCAAACCAUCAAACUCGUGUUUUCUAAAUUCAAAACGUUGAUGGAAAAUAGUGUCUGAAUCGACCUGAUCAAUCAAAACCAAUAGGCUAUCUGCAUUUAAUUGCAUGUAUUUGCAUGUUUCAGUUUUCUAAACCCAAGAAUCAAUUUAACCAGAAAAUAAUUGAUUUGUGAGUGAUAUUUAUCAUUAUAACACCCGGAACUAGCUAAAAGCCAAUCUGUAUAAAGCAUCUCUCGAAUUGACUAAGAAUCGCUAUUAAUGUGAAUUUGAUGUGGUGCACUUGAAAACUUGGCUUUAGUUAUCACUAGUAACAAAUCUUUUCUUUUUUCAAGUCACCUCUCACAUUUUCUUUUAGUUGUAUAAAUUGCAACAUUUUAAAGUAUUCUUACUCUUUAGUCAUACGUUUAUCGAAAUAAUAGGAAACCAAUUUUUUAAUAUUGAUUGUUCAAAAAACAAAAUGUUGAUUGUUGCUUUUUAUUUUAUUUGUAUUUUUAUAUAGUGUCGUUCAUGCUAUCCCGAGUUAUGUGCUUCAACAGAUCUAGAUUAUUUUCAAUGUUAUCGUUCUUAAUGCUAUUGUCAUUAAUUAUUUUGUAAAUAACAACUAGGUCCCGCAAUAUUUUAAUCAUGAUAGAUUUGUUCUAGUUAAGUAGGCUAUUCCAAUUUAGAAGAAAAAUCAAUUCAAUGCUAAACAGUCUUAACAAAUUGAUAAAUCUCAUGACGAUUUAGUAAUUUCUAUUGAGUGUUAAAUAUUUUUAAUAAUUAUUUUUUGCCCCAUAGCAAUAUUGUUGAAUGAUGUCCUUGAUUUCAAUCACAGAGUUUUCCUAGUAAAAAAUCAUGUACUAAACUGCAAAAAUAUUUAACCUGUUGUGAAGGAAGCAAUUUCGGCUCUGAUUGUUGUUGUUCCCUUCUUAUGGAGAACAAAUAAGAUCAUUUCAUGAAACAGAACUGAGAUUUUCAAUAAGAUUGGAGGUAAUCUUCACUGCAUGGUUUUCUAAUUAUGAAAUAAUUAUUUUGUUAGAAUUUCUUUAUAAUUUCAGUGGUAGAUUAUGCUGAAUUAGAGCUACCAUAUUUUGAUAAAUUACUUUAAUAUGUUCAACUGAAUAUAUUUAAAAUUGUUGCAACUAAUUUCAUAAAAAAUAUGAAAGUAUUACUCCUGCCUAGUUGGUUCAAUAUUCAUUCAUGAAUAUACUAAAAAUAAGUUAAUAAUCUGACCAAAGUCAUAUCGUUUUUGUAAAAAAAUGUCUGAUCAUGAACUGACAUGAAAGACAUUAUGAAAGCAAAGUACUUGUAAUAGUAGAUGUAUUAUGAAAUGAGCCGUAGAUCUAUUACCGUUGUUCCUACCAAAGUAAAGUCGUGAAAAUCAAUAAUGAAUAAUAAUUGCCCGAGUGGUAAUUCACUGUAUUUUAUCGUUGUUAUGUAGAAACUAAUUAUUUUAAAAUGGAUCUCAGUAUUAUUUUCAUUUAUAUAAUAAAUGUCAAAACUGUGAGUUUUGAAUUUCAAGAAAUACACGAUGGAAGUUGAGCAUAGGAUUGACUUGUACAAGACGUUGAAACUGAAUAAACCAAUCAUUAAUGCGUAUUUGCGUCUAUAGACACCAGACAGACACUGAACAGCAAUGGUCAUGCAGUUAAGUUUGCUUUGUCUGUGCGGUUUGUUGGGUCAGUUCCUAUAAAUUGUGAAUUUACUCAUCUUAGUCACAUAGAAAAAUAUUUUAUUGUAUGGCUCGCUGUGUUGUUGCAUUUCUGUCUGGUUUCAUUAGAUGUGAAUCAUGUCCCGGAAGAACUUUACCAUCUCAAAAACAUUUAAUAAAAAAAACAUUUCACUUCAUUACGAGCUUAGGUGCUUCAUCAUCUUUAUUAAAUGUAAAAUUACUUAUUAACAGUGUAAAAUUGUUCUCAUGUCCACCAUCUAUACAUUUGUAACCAACUAGCAACUAUUUUCAAUUUUCCGUGUACUAUUCAGUUUCUUCACAUGGGCAUUAUUGUAGUCUGCCUUUCCUUAUGUCUUUAGAAAAGCUGACACAUUCAAAUUCAUCGGUGUGCUCCUGAUUAUGUUGAUAUAACUGACAAAAUGUUUUUCCUAGAGAACAAACUAUAGUUUAAGUUUUCUAAAUGAGAAACUAUUUUUCUGUGAUUUUUCAUGAAAAUCAACUAUUGUAAUAAAGAAGUUAAUCAAAUUGAA